AUGGCAUCCAUAACCUUCCUAGUGUUACUUCUUCUUGCUCUUGUUAUUCCCCAGGGGUUUGCCAACUAUGAGAAACCUCCAAUUUAUCAGCCACCAGUGGAAACACCACCGAUCUACAAGCCACCCCUAGAGAAACCUCCUGUCUACAAGCCACCGGUUGAGAAGCCUCCUGUUUACAAACCACCACUGGAGAAACCACCCGUUUACAAGCCACCAGUUGAAAAACCUCCCGUUUACAAGCCACCUACAGAAAAGCCCCCGGUCUACAAACCACCAGUCUACAAACCACCAGUUUACAAGCCACCAGUAGAGAAGCCUCCUGUGUAUAAGCCUCCAGUUGAAAAGCCCCCAGUCUACAAGCCACCAGUUGAGAAACCUCCUAUUUACAAGCCACCGGUUGGAUAUCAGCCACCGGUUUACAAGCCUCCAUUCUAA